AUGGACGGCUCCGCGCGCGUGCUCGCUUUGGCUCUCGCCGCACUUGCGCUCGCCGCACGCGCUCACAUGCCAUCUCACGAUAACAUACUCAGAGUUCAACUGUGGGACGCUGAGGGACUGAGUCGGGACUCUGUCACUUCCCGAACCCCGGACUCCAUUGCUCCAAAUCAUCGCAAACUAAAAGUCAACGUAAACUCCUUAUUCGACGCUAUGAUGAAAGAGUCUGAACACGAAGUUGGUAGAUUCGCGAGACACAAAGUUAGACAUAAGCGGCGAAGGCCUAGGCAUAGCGGUGCCGACCUGCCUUGGAGAUUUCACUCUGGAGACAGUUUGAUGAACGUUGCAGUGUACGAUGACAGCGUGCCCUGGGACGUUAUUGAGGCAAGAAGCUCUGGAAACUAUGCAGAGACGGUGAAUGCGAGUGCAGUGAGUGAUUCAAGUGCCGGUACUCAAGUGAACAUGCCACGAGACGUGUCGCCGCCAAUGAAACUGCGCCAGGACCAGGAGGUAAUGACUGAAGGCAAACAAACAUCAUAA